GCGUCUAUAGCUCGUCUCCGAGUGCUAGUCUACUGUAGUCUCUGUUGCAAGCCUCGCGUCUCAGCUUCCGUCUGCAGUCCUCGUCGCCGCCCACUGCUGCUUACAUCGUCCGCCAUGUUUGAAAAGAACCUGCAGGACCUGGUCAAGGGCAUCCGCUCAGCCAAGGGCGACGUGACUGUGUACAUCUCGCAGGCUCUACAGGAGAUCAAGGUGGAAUUACGCAGUACUGACCCGUUUAUCAAGGCACAGGCUGUGCGUAAGCUCACAUACCUGCAUAUGCUGGGCUACGACAUGUGCUGGGCUGCUUUCCACGUUGUGGAGGUCAUGAGCUAUGAGCGGUUCGCGCACAAACGUAUCGGCUACAACGCUGCAUGCAAGAGCUUCCCACAGUCCACAGAUGUGGUGCUACUGUGUACAAAUCUGCUCAAGAAGGAGUUCGGUAGCACUAGCGAGUACGAAGUGGGUCUGGCGAUCAACGUGUUGGCAAAUAUCGUCACGACGGACUUGGCUCGAGACCUUCUGGGCGACGUACUAGCCAUGAUGGGCUCUCCUAAGCCGUACGUCCGUAAGAAAUCCACACUGGUGCUGUACAAGAUGUUCCUUCGCUACCCUCAAGGCCUCCGACUGUCCUUCGACCGACUCAAGGAAAGGAUGGAGGAGCCCGACGUCACCGUCGUGUCUUGCGCUGUCAACGUCAUCUGCGAGCUGGCCAAUAAGAAACCCAAAAACUACUUGGGUCUGGCGCCUCAGUUCUUCCGUCUACUCACCACUUCGUCCAACAAUUGGAUGCUCAUUAAGGUCGUCAAGUUGCUGGCCAGUUUAGUGCCGGAGGAGCCUCGUCUUGCUCGAAAGCUGCUGGAUCCGUUGGCUACAGUCAUCCAGAACACGCCAGCCAAGUCUCUACUGUACGAAUGCAUCAGUACAGUCACGACAGCGCUGUUGUACACCAAGAAGAGCGACGGAUCCCAGCCACGCAACGUUGCGCCAGUCGUGAGACUCUGUAAUGAUCAUCUACGUCGCUAUAUCGAAGAUCCGGACCAGAAUCUGCGCUACUUGGGACUUGUGGGGCUUGGGAACUUGAUGAAGUCUCAUCCCUACGUGGUUACGGAGCACCAGGAGCUCAUCGUGGAGUGUCUGGCAGUGGAUGAUAUCACGAUUCGCAUGCGAGCGCUGGAGUUGCUCUCUGGAAUGGUAAAUCCGGAUAACGCGGCGCCUAUUAUCCGGGAGCUCAUGCGUCAGACUCUGAGCGCCGAUGGAGCGUACCGUCACGAGCUUAUCACGCACAUUCUACACGUCUGUUCGGUCAACAAGUACGCGAAUAUCCACGAUUUCGACUGGUACAUUCACGUACUGGUACAACUCGCUCGUGUGCCCGGUAAUACCGCUGCUACAGUGGGUGCGUCACUGUCAUCUCUGGCUCCGUCGUCCGGUAGUAUGCUGGGCUCCAGUUCUAGCAGCUCCAAGAUGAAAGUGGCGGAUGACGAGCCUGCAAAGCGUUCGCAUGGCGUGGAAGUAGCUCGUCAGCUUGUGGAUAUUGCAGUUCGAGUCAAGAGUGUGCGCAGUGUGAUGGUGGAUAACAUGAUUGAGUUGCUGAUGGAGAAGGAGGCGCUCAGUGGGCCGGGAGCUGGCACUUUGCAGGAGGUUUACUACGCUGCAGCUUGGAUUACAGGCGAAUACGUCAUGGAGUUCUUGGACGAUGUGGAUGAUGAGGAAGAGGACGAGAGUGAGGAGGAAGAGCGAGAGACGGAGGAGGAGAAACUGCAGCGGCUGGAGGAUCUCGCUGAUGAGAUGCUGCAGCCUCGUACGACUACCCUUCCUGGCCACGUGCAGACGGUGUUUAUCCAGGCGCUACUGAAGAUCUUAACUGCCAUGGCAGAGCGAGCCGAUGACGCUACAGUGGAGCGCAUUGCGACUGUUAUCAUGGAGCGCUUGCCUGCUUUCGUUCAGAGCGAGUAUAUCGAGGUGCAGGAGCGUGCAGUGUGUCUACAGCAGCUUCUACUUGCGUUGGGUAUGGGCCUGGGGGCACUUACGGCUCAUGAACGGACUGAACGCGCGUUCGACGGUAGCGCUUCCUUGGACCCGGCAAAGCGACUGGACGUAUUGAACUCGUACUUUGCAGAACGACUCGCGCCGGUUGGUGUCAAGGCCCAGCGUAAGGUGCCACUGCCUGGAGACCUGGAUCUUGACGAGCCUUUGAGUAAUUCUGAGGCGAAAUUUCUUGAAUCCGGCGGAGAUGUAUCAGCCUUUUCGAGCGAGGAUGAUCUUGAGGUCUCGUUCGUUAGUCAGGGUCACGCUGGCAUUGGUGGAGGCUACAGUGGCAUUGGAGACGGCUCUCCUGAGCGGAAAGCCGGACACAAACACCGCCGUCAUGAUCACUCCUCGUCCGAGUCUGAAUCCGAGGCUGAGUCCGAGAACUCUGCCGAUGAGAAGGAGAGGAAGGAGCGUGAGUAUGCGCGUGAACAAGAACGACUGCGCAAGGACCCGUUCUAUCUAUCAGGCGGCUCACAAGCCUCAGCGGGUGCUGGUGCCAACGCGGGCUUUGGGAAUAUGAUUGGCGCCUUGGGCUCGAAUGGCAAGAAGAAGAAGGCGUCAAAGAAGUCGAAGUCUCGUGAUAUCCUUGAAGACGAACUGAUGCCUGAAGGCGCUCGUUCAAGCGACGAAGACCGUCGACGCGCUCGUAAGAAACGGGGCUCAGUGGGUGAAGACGAGACUGACCUGGCUGCAGUUGAUUUGAGUAUCCCUCUUGGUGAGAACGAGAAGGUUCCUACGGACCAAUGGUUCCAUCGUCAGACACCUGCGAAACCAGCGGAGGAUGACAAGAAGUCGAAGAAAAAGAGCUCCACGCACAAGAAAUCAUCACGUGGAGACGAUGACAGCAAGAAGAAAAAGAAGAAGGAUGCAUCGUCGAAGAGCUCCAAGUCCAAGAAGUCAUCGCGGAAGCAGGAUCUGCUGAUUGGCGGCUUUAGCGAAGAGGAAGAGGACAAGAAGAAGAGGAAGGACAAGAGCUCUAGACGUCCAGAGGCACCGCCAGCAGAGCCACUUCUGCUCUUUUAG